GACGUUUCCUUCCUUCACUGCAAAAGUAGACAUGCUAACGUAGGUAUCUCACUGUUUGUCCGAGACGUUUGGUGUCUUUCUGCUAGCGAAAAUGUUCGGUCUUACCGUUAUCGGUGGCAAUCGUGAGGAUUGACAGUAGACUGUUAUAUGCACCGGUAAAAUACAUCUAGCACAUUGGAUAGUGUCUGUCAAUACUUGUGCUUUUCGUGGAUAUCUAAAUCUCUAGUGCAUAUGGCUAGCUGACAACGACCAAGCUAACGUUAGCCAGGGUGACAUGUUAAGUCCAUGUUAGAUGUAAUAUCUUGGUCACAAGUAGGGCACUGUUCUGUUUAAUCUGAUAUCAUUAACCAACAAUAGCAACAUAAAGUGAAGUAGCCUACGUUAGAGUGAACAUUUCAAAAUGAGUGAAGAGGACUCCGGAUGUCAAGCUAGCAACAAAGAUACGGGGGAGUUGCCCACCAGUGGUGUGGAAAGCAGGAAUUUGGUUACACCACACGAACAAGAGAGCAUGUUCGAUGAUGAUGAUGAGAGCGAUAAUGUGGAAACAUCUGAUCCAAGAGACAGUGCCGCAAGCCCCGAGGAACUCAACGACGAGGAAUCUUUUGGCGACAAUGAGAAUGUGUCGAAAAAGUGCACAUACAGCGGGUGCACGGAAACCACUACGCAGGUGGCUAAAGCAAGAAAGCCUUGGAUGUGCAAGAAACACCGUAACAAAAUGUACAAAGACAAGUAUAAGAAAAAGAAGAGUGAUCAGGCAAUGUCAUCAGGGAAAUUAGACGAGAGUGGAGAAGACAGACCUGUCUCUGUCACAAAACAGCGUCUCGGGACGAUGGGUGACCGUCCGGCCAGACCAUCACUCAUUGAACAGGUUUUAAAUCAGAAAAGAUUGUCUCUGCUUCGGAGCCCGGAGGUCAUCAGUUUUCUCCAGCAGCAGCAAAGGCUCCUGACUUCCCAGCCCAAAACACAGUUGGACUAUUGACCGUAAUGGCAGGGCCAUGGUCUGUGGUAUGUCUCCACUCCUGCUUCCCCCAUGUCCCUCAUAAAUCUUCACAAUCAAUCUUCUCGAGACUACAGAGGGAGUCCUGUUGAUGCACUCUUUGUUUAACCAAGAGCGAGUGGAGUACCUAGGACUGCCAUCUAUGUCACAUUGACAUGGCAUUAUCAGUGGAGGGUAACGGGGGUGUACUGCACAAUGUGUAGUUUGUAUUAUCCUGUGUAAAGCAACCCGUGUGAAGACUGUUAAGCAGUUUAUUUUUUAUUUAAGUUGUCAUUUUUAACCGCAUCAUGAAGCUGUACAUUUAUCAUGCAACAGUGGUUAUCAAUAUAGUUUGCUUUUAUGAAACAGAAAAUACAUAUACAUCCUAUACAUAGGUUCUUUCUAGAAAUGUGUGCCUAGGUGUUCCUGGCUUAACUGGUGUGCACUGCAGGGUGGCUCUCAUCUCAUUCUGGCCUGUUGAUUAAUGGUUGUGAUACUCCCAGCACCUCUGACCAAAGUACUGGUGCAGUCAAACCCCAAACUUUUUAAAUAUUUGUAAUUCAUUUGAAAUCCAUUUUGUUAUAUUGAGUGUUACUUGAUGUACUGUAGGUUUCAUUGAAAUCAUGUUGUGGUGUGAUCUGUUUUAGGCGUAUGCUCUGUGUGGUUUUGCUGUUAGACGUGGGCAUGAGCUUGUGGGGGAAAAAAUGGAAAGCUGUUUCAUGAAUUUGUCUGGUUGGCAUCAUUCACUAGUAGCAACCUUUUCAUUUGCUCUCGAUGGCAGCACCAUGAUGAUAAUGAUGCCAAGCUCAUGAGAUUGCAAAUGAAUAAAACAUGAAUAUGAGUGUCAUUGA